AUGGACAAGAAAAAUAAAAUGCAGGCAGAGAAGCACCUCACGGGAACACUGGUGCUCUCUGUCUUCACUGCUGUGCUGGGCUUCUUCCAGUAUGGCUACAGCCUGGGUGUCAUCAAUGCUCCCCAGAAGGUGAUAGAGGCCCACUACGGGCGGGUGCUGGGGCUGGCCCCUGCGGAGAGCCGUGCCUUCAACAUCUCCGGAGCCGACGGCAGCACCGCCGUCCCCAGCCUGGCGACGUGGGAGGGCUCAGGGAGUGCGGCGGAGCCCCAGGUGAUAGCACGGGAUGCCGGCCCCCAGCCCAUCCUCACCAUGUACUGGUCCUUCUCGGUGUCCGUGUUUGCUGUCGGCGGCAUGAUCGCUUCCUUCACCGUGGGCUGGAUUGGCGACCGGCUGGGGAGGGUUAAAGCUAUGCUGGUUGUGAAUAUCCUUUCCAUCUCCGGGAAUCUCCUCAUGGGGCUGGCAAAAUUUGGACCCUCUCACAUCCUCAUCAUCACCGGGAGAGCCAUCACAGGCCUGUACUGUGGACUGUCCUCUGGACUGGUGCCCAUGUACGUCAGCGAAGUCUCUCCCACGGCCCUCCGAGGAGCACUGGGAACCCUGCACCAGCUUGCUAUUGUCACGGGUAUUCUUAUCAGCCAGGUCCUUGGACUAGACUUUCUGCUGGGCAACAAUGAGAUGUGGCCCCUGCUUCUUGCCCUGUCUGGUGCAGCUGCUCUCCUUCAGUUCUUCCUGCUCUUGCUGUGUCCUGAGAGCCCCAGAUACCUUUACAUCAAACUGGGAAAAGUGGAGGAAGCUAAAAAAAGUCUGAAAAGGCUUAGAGGAAACUGUGACCCGAUGAAAGAGAUUGCUGAGAUGGAGAAGGAGAAACAAGAAGCUGCUAGUGAAAAGAAAGUCUCCAUAAGGCAGCUUUUCACCUUUUCGAAAUACAGGCAGGCAGUCAUAGUGGCGCUGAUGGUUCAGAUAUCCCAGCAGUUCUCAGGAAUCAAUGCAAUAUUUUACUACUCUACAAACAUUUUUGAGAGAGCUGGAGUUGAUCAACCGGUUUACGCAACCAUUGGCGUUGGAGUGGUGAACACAGUCUUCACUGUUAUCUCUGUCUUUCUUGUGGAGAAGGCAGGGAGACGUCCCCUGUUCCUGUCUGGUUUGAUGGGUAUGUUGGCAAGUGCUGUGGCCAUGACAGUUGGACUUGCACUCCUUAGCCAGUUUGCCUGGAUGAGCUAUGUUAGCAUGGUCGCAAUCUUUCUCUUCGUCAUUUUCUUUGAAGUCGGGCCUGGGCCCAUCCCCUGGUUUAUCGUAGCUGAACUGUUCAGCCAAGGCCCUCGCCCCGCUGCCAUUGCGAUCGCUGGCUUCUGCAACUGGACCUGCAACUUCAUUAUUGGGAUGUGUUUCCAGUACAUUGCGGAUCUGUGUGGGCCAUAUGUGUUCGUGAUCUUUGCAGCUCUGCUUUUAGCCUUCUUUCUGUUUGCGUAUUUAAAAGUACCAGAAACAAAAGGAAAAUCAUUUGAAGAGAUCUCAGCUGUGUUCCGCCGCAAGAAGCACUCAGCCAGCAAAGGUGCCAAAGCAAUGACAGAGCUGGAAGACCUGAGAGCUAGCGAGGAGGCCUAA